ACAUUUUGUUUUUUCAAAAGUCAAUACGAAAAGUUUUUGUAUGUCACCAUUCUAUGCACUACAUAUAGUUUCUUGAGUUUUUAUAAUAAUUUUUGUUGUCAUGCUCUCUCGAAAUAUUCGCGCCACUCAAAAUAUCUUUUUGGGUGAAUUCCGGCAGGACAGGACCAGUUUGCUCCGCGUCAUCCCUAGCCUACUAAACUUCAAAUGCGACAAGCAUGAGAUCAAAUACAAGCCUUACGUUCCGCCAGCCUUCCAAGAUCAUGAUCAUAAGAAUAUGAAGUUGAAACGGCCCAUGUCUCCCCAUGUCACCAUGUAUGCUCCAACCUUGCCUGCGAUGACUUCGAUAGCGCAAAGAGCCACUGGUGCCAUCGUAACUUUCUACGCCCUAGGUCUCGCCUGGGGCUCCCUGUUCCUCUCCAACGGCAUCGAGACGUACGUGUCUGUUAUACAGAGUCUUAACUUAGGCGCCAUGAUGGUAUUCAUACUCAAAAUAUUGUUGGGAGCACCCUUCGCUUUCCAUUACUUCAACGCGUUUCGCUACGUCAUAUGGAACACCGCGAGAUGGUUGGACCUUAAGAAGGUUUAUGAGACCAGCAAACAAUCCAUGGCAGCUGCUGCAGUCAUGACGCUUCUGUUUGCCAUCAUUUAAAUUAUAAGAAUAUCACUUAUUACCUUCGGUUUAUCAAAUAUCAGCCAUGAAUUACCAUUGCUAAAGGUUUGCUGAAAUCAAAUAUGCUUUGCAGUUUCUUGCUUCUAAUAUAUUUCAGCAAAUAGCAGAAUCUGCUUCGUGAUAGAAUUGUCUGGUUCAAACUUUUUGGUUGCACUAAGUAGGUAUUAUUAGGCCUUUUUGGAUUAUUUUAAAAUUUGGCGUUUGUAGUUGAUAAAGAAAAAAGGGAAUUUAAUUCGCCCCUGUUCAGGCAUCAAAUUAUACUGUUAUAUGGUAAAUAAAAAAAUUGAACGUGUGAAAGUGAACAGACCUACAGAAUAAUUUUAAUUUAAACUUUUUAAGUUACACAAGUUUUUAGAUAAAGAAGGUAUAUACCUAAAUAAGACCUUUAUAUAAAUGUUUAACAAUGCGGGACUGUUGACUAGAUCACUGGUGAUCAUUUACCACUUUCUUUGUUUUGACUAUUUCCACAAAUAUAGGGUCGCUAUGUACGGAGGUGAUAACAUCUAGCCAACAAUGUCAUACAAUUAUACAAUCUUAAGUUUUUUUUUGUUUUGGGGCUGUAUUCUCAAAUGAUAUACCUAUAUAUGUUGUUUGUCUAAAAACGUAUUUAAGUAGUUUAAAAAGACGUAAGUUAAAAUUCUUCUGUUUGUGUUCAUCUGUGCUUUUGACUCGGCAAAUAACGCUACAGUAUAAUGUAUAUUUUCGAUAAAGUUUUCGUUUUGGAGAUGUCCAAUACACUGUCAUGUCGUAACUUCAGACCUAUUGAAUCGGAUCUUCGAAAAAAUCUUCCAAAGUAUCCGAUUUGGGGAACAUGAGAAUUAGUGUAACAUAUUUUAGGAUAGUGUAUUGUAUUAGUCAAAGAUCAACAAAAGCCGUACUUCUAAGAUUUGAUAUUCUCAGAAAUUGAAAUAAUCAACCCAUGAAUGAACGAUCAAAGUUACUGUUUCAUUUUGUGGUAAUGACUAACGUAAAUGAUGGCAGUACAAGGUUUGCACAUUUUGUUGUACAAAGAAUGUUAUGAGAAUAUCUUUGAAGUGUGUCUUCUAUACUUUGUAAUUGGUGAAGACGAUAUGAUACUAGCUUUUCUUAAAAUAUUUUACUCUAAUUUAAGUGUGCUACUAUUUUUACUAGUGAUAACUUAUUGAUAACUUCAGAGAGUUUCAUAUCUGAUGUUGCCUUUGGGACUGUAGCUGUGAUUCCCAUGAGAAAGUGGUAGCCUCGGAAAUACGUGAAAAUAAAUCAACAAUUUCUUUCCCAAUCGUUCAAAAUGAUUUAUCUAGAACAUUUAAAUUCGUUAUCAUCUUUAAGGAUAUCAGCUGAACAUGUCUUUGCCAAGUGACGUCUAGUUGUCUUAUUGAUUCCUUCAAGAUGCUUCGUUUACUUAGAAUUGGUCAAAGUUUGAACGGUGAAGAAAUAACUGAUGUAUCUCUCAAGUAGUCAUGAGUUAUUACUGGUAAAUAAAAUAGUUAAUAUGUUGUCUGUUUGUUGAGUUUUACGAUUUUACGAAUAUUUACAUUCUUGGCUUUUUAACCAACUGAUCACUUAUUCAAUACCAACUUAGGCCUGAUUUUUCUUUUGUGUGCUUGUUAAAUUAUAUUUUAAACUUCAAAAACUUCAAUUUUUCAGUUUUAAUAUGUUAUUUGAUUAAUCGAAGGUAAAAACAGAAAAUAGGAUUGUUUUUUUUUUGUCGUAAAUCUAUCGUGAUUUUCUAUACGCAUUUUAUUCUUAAUAAUAUUCGUAUACACAUACAUAUUGUAUAAUAAGAAAAAAAAGAUGGUCGAUACCUAUAUAUUUUUGCUGCGAAGACUAACAUCGAGCUAAAAUUCGACUUUAUAAUAUCGGCUUUAGAUCUCUCCAAGCGAAUAUUUUAGUAUAUGGCUUAUAUAUUUUAUUCUGUAACACUUGGCACUUAAAAAGAAACCAUUUUCGGAUGCUUGUGUUGUGCUUUAUGUUAAGAGUUUAGUGUACGAGGUUAUGCCUCUGAAUGUGCAACAAAUAUUACCUAAUAUUAAAUGCCUGUUUUUGAAUA